AUGCACUACGGAAAUGACCAACAAACAAAGCAACUUCGUGUCUUGAUUUUGUGCUCUUUGUAUUCGAGGUGCUUGCCGGAGAGGGUUGGUGCGCUGACGGGGCUCACAAAGCUGGGCCUGAGCGGGUGCUUGGCCCUGGCACGGCUGCCGCAGUCUCUUGGCGCAAUCACGGGGCUCACAAGCCUGGACUUGAGUGAGUGCAAGGCGCUGGACGAUUUGCCUCAGUCAAUGGGGGCACUGACAGGCCUCACGGCUCUAGACCUGGGCAUCUGUAAGCGGCUUGACAGUCUGCCGGGGUCGGUUGGGGGGCUGACAGGGCUCAAGAGCCUGAACCUGAGCUGGUGCAGGGCGCUGCAUAGCCUGCCAGAGUCGAUCGGGGCGCUGACCAGGCUUGCUAGCCUGGACCUGAGCUACUGCAGUGCGCCGACGAGCAUGCCGGAGUCGUCCGGGGUGCUGACCGGGCUUGCGCAUCUGGACAUUUCGGAGUGUGCGGCGCUGGAUAGACUGCCGGAGUCACUCGGCGCGCUGACGAGGCUCAAAAGCCUAGACCUCUGGGAUUGUGCCGCGCUGCAGAGCCUGCCAGAGUCGGUUGGGGCGCUGACGGGGCUCACGAGCUUGGAUUUG